GACCGAACAGUGUGGGUGCGGCAGAACCCAUGCUGUCGAUGACCGUGGAAGGUACAGAACUACCCUUCCUGGUGGACACUGGAGCAACUUAUUCCACAUUGAGAGACACACCUAAUUGUGCAACGCUUUCAAAUAGCACAGUCAGUGUUGUGGGUUUCUCCGGGACUCCGAUGACUCUGCCACUGACUGAUCCAGCUUUGACGCAGCUGGGAAAACAGACUUUGAAACACCGAUAUGUGGUGUCACCACAGGUGCCUGUAAAUCUCAUGGGCAGGGAUCUGCUUGUGAAACUGGGAGCAACUAUUAUGUGUUCGGCAGAUGGCCUGACGGUCUCUCUGCCAGGAGGAAAAGAAUUCCCGUGCCUGGGAUCGCCUUCAAAGACUCAAUAUCUGGUCAGAGACUCUGAGCAGUCCACAGCAGAAAUAUACUGGGGACGGCUGGUGGAGGAAGGCAUUCUGAGAACAUACCAGCAAUGGAGACCCUGGAUAAUGAGCUUGGCCGUCUACUCUGAGCCUAGAGAUCCUUACCACAUCACCCUUUUUUAUGAUAAGGAAGAAGACGACACCUAUAGGGAACAAUUUGAGAGUGAUCUAGAGGGAGAAACUUGGAAUGUAAAAACACACAAUAUUUACAUUGGACCAGAAGGUGUCGCCGCGGCUGUCAAAUUAACGGAUGAACAAUUGCCCUGGUACAAUGUGGGAGAGGAUUCAGCCCCUCACAUUACUUUGGCGGUCCAUGUUGGUCAUGAGGCACGAGAACUAGGGCCAAUGGUCAAGCGGGCGCUGGACAACUCUUGGUGGCAAGGUACGCAAAUUCCAAAUGUUUGGUAUGCUCCUAAAUGUAAAAUCUAUCGUAUACUUUGUUGGUCUAACGAUGCUGUGAUUUUAGAACACAAAGAAAUUUCCAGAACACAUGGCAGAGAGAAAACAGAUCAUCCAGACGCGGUGGCUGAACUCCCCAAACUGCCGGACACAUUGUGGUCCAGAGGGCCAACUGAUGUGGGUUUAGCUUCCUGUUCACCUGUUCUUUUCGAGCUGAAGUCGGAUGCACCCAUCAAUAAACCACAGUACAGGCACAAACCAGAGGCUGAUGCAGGUAUUGCAGAAACCAUUGAAGGGUUGUUGCAGGUAGGGGUGUUAGAACCAUCACACUCAUACUGGAACACACCUAUUUUACCAGUUGAAAAACAGGGCACGGGGAAAUACAGAAUGGCACAUGAUUUGAGAGCUAUUAAUGCCAUACUACGCACUGAAACUGUUCCUGUGCCUAACCCAUACACAGCUCUUACUGCAAUUACAUGGGACCAGAAAUGGUUCACGUGCAUUGAUUUGGCUAAUGCCUUCUUUUGUCUUCCACUGCACGAGUCACUCAGAGACAUUUUUUCAUUUACAUACAGAGGCAGACAGUUCAGAUACACAAGGUUGCCACAGGGCUUUGCACUGUCCCCAGGCAUUUUCAAUCAGGUGCUGAAAGAAGCCCUGUCACCAUGUCAACUGCCUGAGGGCUGCACACUAAUCCAGUAUGUUGAUGACCUGCUAAUUGCAGCUCCUUCCGUGGCGGCGUGUACGGCAGCCUCGCUCGCAGUGUUGAAUCGACUGGCAGAAUGCGGCUUCAAGGUUUGACAGGUUACAGCAGACAGUUCAUUCCGAACUACGCAGGUAAAACCGCCCCUUUAAGGGACCUGAUUAAGAAAGUCGGCGCUCGAAACCUGAGGGCUGAGUUGUCUUGGACGCCGGCCACAGAGUCCGCGUUCAUUUCAUUGAAGCAGGAUUUGUCGAGGGCCACUGACUUGGCCACGCC